AUGGAAAAAUAUGAGCAUGCUAAAAAGUCAUUUGGCGAACAUACUUAUAAUAUAGCUUUAAGACCAACUGCCGAUCCAGAAAAAUAUAAAAAAAAAAUACUGUUCUGCAAUGAAUUAUGGGAACGUGCACUAGCUUCCGUUGCUUCAUACCCAUAUUCUUUAGAAGAACGGAAAAUUCAAAGGUCUGUAUCAUUUCUAUUGGCAAAUCAAAAUGCAUAUGAUACAUAUCAAGCUUUAGGAACCUGA